CCUGCGAUUUUGCCCCUUGCGUGCCGCGAGUGCCGGGACUGAGAAAAAGGUAAACAAAGAAAGAAAAAAACCGAUUGAACGAAAUACGAAAUUGCUUUUUAAGUUUGAAGUGGUUACAGGCAGAAUGUAGUGGUGUUUGAUGUCAUUGCAUGUAGUAAUCAUGACCCUCCAGAAGAUUCACAAUGUUGAUGCUUCAUCCAGUGACUUAUCAAUUAUUUUCAAUGCAGCUCAGCAGUCUUUGGAGCAACCCAUUUGUGUCCGACCGAUCAACUGUGCUUAUGGAGCCAAUUUUUUAAUAGUCGGACAUAUCCAUACUGCGCAUGAUCUUAUUCAAAGGACGCGUAUGUGCAGCAAAGUUUUAUAUGUGCAAGAUGCAAAUUCUAACAAUUUAUUCCGUGUAAUACUCCUGAAUGCCUGUGCAAAGGAAGCCGAAGAGGCAGGUGUGAAAGAGAUGGAUUUGGUUGCGUUCUUGAAUCCUCGUCUCUCUCCUCAUCCCGCUCUGGAGUGGUCCAGUUUAAAAGUUUACAGAAAACAAAUAAUAUUUCAUGACAAAAACAAGGCGUCACCUUCUAUGUGGCUCUAUCAACAGGUUCAAUGUAACUUUGUCCGGCGUAAUUUAAUAAAGAACAAACAUCACUUUCCGGAAGAUGAAGUUGACAAAGACCUUGAUCCUCCUCCCGCCAAGAAAUUAUUAUCAAGUAAAUCACAAGGAUGUGGCUCAUCAAGAACUUCAGCUUCUUUGGAGAAAGGGUUAAGUUCAGAAACAGUUGAGAACACCGCAACAGAUUGCAGCGUUCGAUUGCAGCCAACGAAUCAGAAUUUCACAGAAACUCUAAGUACAGAGUCUGUUAAUUCCUCCGUGACUUUUUCCAAAAAAGUACUGCCUGAUAGUGUUCAACAGUCUGUUGGUUCAUCAAGUACUCAAAAUUCUACUUCAGUUGAUCUCAGGUCUAAAAUAGCCGACAAAACCUUGACUGAUUUACAAUCAUAUCCAGAAUUAGUAGGGACUCAGCCCAAAAAUCAUGAUUGCUUGCAAAAUCAUCAUUUAAAACCAGUUCCAAAGCUUUCUCCCAAAGAGAUAUCGUCAAAUAAUUGUCAUUCUUCCAUUGGAUCAUCAAAUACCUCAGCUUACUUUAGCCCUGAAACAACCGAGAACACUCCAGCAGAAAUUCAUGAGGCUCAACUAGUUUUGGAGCUAUCCGAAAAUAAUAAUCGCCGAAAAACUCCUAAUACAGAGUCAGUUUUAUCUCCUGUGCCUUCUUCUAAAAUAUUGCCAACUAACAUCCAACCUGGCAUUGACUCAUCGAAUACCCCAGUGUCUUGCAAUGUUGAUUGUAGCUCUAAAGUAAUUGAGGACAUCUCAGUAGAUGUUCAGGUGUCCAGGCAAAUGGUUGGAACUCAGUCAGUGGUAGAAACUUGUAGCUUAGGGUCUGUUGUUUCUCCCAAGGAAGUAUUGUGUAGUGAUGUUCAACCCUCUGUUGGUUUAUCAAAUAUUUCAUUUUCUAGCCCAGUUGAUUGCCGGUCUGAAGUUGCCCAAAAUACCUUGACUGAUAUUCAGAUAAAUAAAAAUCAUGAUCGCUCAGGAAAUCAUCAUUUGAAACAAAAUUUCUCUUCAAAAAUUUCUUCGAUAACUUCUACCAAAGAUAAAUUGACCAAUGAUGUUCAAUCUUCUGUUCACUUAUCAAAUACUUCAGCUUCUUGUUCAGCUGACCUUAGCGCUACAGCAAUUGAAAACAUCCCAGCAGAUAUCCAUGCGACACAACUACCUGUAGAAAGCCAGUCCAGAAACCACGGUCGCCGAAAAUCUCUUGAUACUGAGUUGUCUCCAUUUUCUGUGCCUUCUUCUAAAGUAUUGCUAAGAAAUCCUCAACCUGGCAUUAGCUCAUUAGAUGCUCCAGUGCUGUGCUCUGUUAACCUUGAUUCUGAAGCAAUAGAGUCAAUCUUAAUUGGUGCUCAGGUGUGCCAACAACCUUUACAAACUCAAUCGAAGCAGCAUGAUCAGUCAAAAACUCAUCAUACUAAUUCAGCUAGCUCUCUAGGAAAAAACAAAAACAGCACUUCACAAAAUGAACAAACAAGGCUAGAAACCAAUUGCAACAAAACUAAUGAGUGCCCACCAAGAAUAACAGACACGAUUGUACAUGACGGGCAUCAGAACGGAGAAGUAACGUCAAAUGAUUGUUCCUUGACUCCUCGGUAUCCAUUCGAUUUCAAGCAGUUAGCUCAUAUCAAAGAAGGAGAAGUUAUUCAUUCAGUCGUUGUAAUUCAAGCUAUAAAAACACCAGUUUUAUGUAACUCUUGUACUGCACUGGUGUCAGUUUGCGUGACGGAUGAGAGCAUAUUUCCUGAUGUAAUGGAUAUUACAAUAGUAACUCAUGUUGAACUGAAGCCUUUGCUGAAAAAGGAUGAUAUCGCAAGAUUUAUGAAUAUACAUAUAAGUUCGGUAGAUGGUAAACUAAUAGGAAAGGUAUUUUCUGGUGAUGAUGUUGGCAUCUACAAAAGUCCAGAGGAAGUCUCAAGUUCUGGAGGCUUCAGCCUAAUUAGACAUUGCACUUUUUCAGAUCCCAUAUUGGCAAAUCUAUUGAAAGCCCAGUUCCCUCUCUGUAAUGAUUAUGGAGAUUCUGUAAGAUUCUCAAAAAUAUCUCAGUGGCAAAAGCAAAUAAAAACGGAAGUAAGAGCACAAAUGCUGGAAGUGUUCGGCGAGGUUUCUGAUGAUGAUUUCACUGAUAUUGAAAAUGACUGUGAGGGGAAACGGAAUUUUUGUCAUGAGACAACCAUUGAAAAAUUAGGAGGUAAUUUUUCAACCAAUGAACCUGAGCAUUUGAUAUGCUCAGAACUCUUUGUCUUUGACUCAUCUACUCUCAAUUUUGAUCAACUCCUCAACCUUAAAUGCAAGGUUUGUAACAUUUAUUAUUUACGUAGUAACAAGGCUGUAAUUCAUGUUGAAGCAAGUAGUUUGUCAAACAAUAAAUGUAGUUCUCCCAACAUACCUAAGAAAUCAGUCAUGAAAAAACUACGCAGAUCUACGGAUUGGAUUAAGUAUUUAAUCACUUCAAGAUUUACCGAUGGAUCAAUGUUUUUCUUUGUGGAGAGUCUCUCAGCGCCACCCAUUGUUCAUAAUAUAAAAGCCAGAAGCCAACUUCUAAUAUCAGCAACCCAAAAGAAUGAGCGACCAGCCAAUCAAGAUUUUGAAACAAUAAAAUGUGAUUUAAAAGUAAUUAAUAAUGAUGAUGAUUCCUCGUCAACUAAGUUGGGUAUGAAUCCAGAAUGUGAAGCAACGAAUACCUUUGUUCCUAAGACAAGUGAAUUCAAUGAAGAUCAAAAAGAGAUCUUAGAACAAUUGGUUGUGAAGAAAUCUCCCAGUCCACAGAGAACAUUUUAUUCUAGUCCAGUUAAUUAUACUUUAAAUGGUUUGAAAGACAAUUUCUCAUCAAAGAACUGUAUAAGGGAUGUAAAAGUGCUUUUAGUGCGGAAUCCAAUAAUCGAAAAUAUGUCUCCGAAAAAAAAGAAAUUCCUCAAAUUAUGAAAGUAAUCAAGAAAAAUUAGAUGGAGACACCUAGAGUAUCCUUAUGAGGAGAGUGAAAAUUUGGCUUAUCAGAAGUUCCAUAGGCCCUACAAAGAGCAUCAACUUAGACUUAAUUUUGAACGCGUCCAUUAUCCCCCCCAAAUCUUCUCACUCAUUCAGUGCUCCACAGAUCUUUCAAUUGAAAAGGUUUGCAGUCAAAAAAUUCUCUUCACAUCCAAAACAAAUGUAUUCCUGCUCCUCUUCUCAGGAUUCAAAUUACUCAGUGUAAUAUUUCUUUGUUAGUGUGUUACAUUAAAUAUAUCCUGAGAUUGGCGAAAUAUACCCCAAUAAAGGUAUUUCAUAAAAUUUGGUCUCUGUUUAUAAAUUCUAUAAAAAAUGUUUGUGAAUUAUUAAUUAUUCUUUGAAUGAUUCCGACCGAUCUCUCCCUCACGAUUUAACAAAAACAAGCAAAUCGAUGAACUUGUAUAUUAAUUAAUUAAUUACAUGAUCAAAGUUAUUCUUUGAUCACAAUUGAAGGUAGCAGCUGUAAAGUCUAAAUUUCUAGUAUCUCUGCGCCAUUGAAUGUUCUCACUGAAUCAAGCGAAACAAUUUUCAGUGUAAAUCAGCAACGAAAACCAUGGUUACCAUAUUAUUUUGUAAUCAAGUCAUAUGAUGGGCAAUGACAUCUCUCUGCCAAUUUUAUUAUUUAUACAAAAUUUUCUUGCAGUACUUAUUUCAUUUAAUAAUUUUACAUGACUUUCGUUAGAAACUCUCUUUUAUUCCUCUUCGAUUUAUUUUACCUUCUUUGAUUUAUUUUAACUUCUUUGAUUUAUUUUAACUUAUUAAUUCGUUUUACCCCAUUACUGUGAUGUAAAUUGUUCUGUAUUCUUCUUCACAUCUUACCUAAUGUGAUCCAAGAAUGUUUCUGCGAAAAUGACAAAACUUCCUUUUUUUAUUGUUGAUUAUAAAGAAAAUAAAGAAAAUUCUCUGUCGUCUGGUGCAGAGUAAAAAAAA